CAUGGUGGAGUAGGCGUCUGCGGGGUUCACUCUAUCGGGCUCCGCCGACCGACGGACGGGUCGCUCUCCCCGGGAAGGAUCACCAUGGCCCCGGGCUCGCUGGUGGCGGCCUGCCGCAGCCUGGCCCUCUCUACGUGGCUGCUCUCCUUCUGCUUCGUCCACCUGCUGUGCCUGGACUUCACCGUGGCCGAGAGAGAGGAGUGGUACACCGCCUUCGUCAACAUCACCUACGUGGACCCGGCCACCUCGGAGCUCCGCACCGAGAAGACGGAGUGCGGUCGCUACGGGGAGCACUCGCCGAAGCGGGACGCCAAGGGGGUGGUGGUCCUGCCCGCGGCCCCGCACGAUCGCCAGGCCUGCGACCCCAACACCCGGUUCGCGGUGCCCGCACAGGCCGGGGCCUGGAUCGCGAUGAUAGCCCGGGGCAACUGCACCUACAAGGACAAGAUCCGCCACGCCACAGUCCACAACGCCUCGGCGGUGGUCAUCUUCAACGUGGGGUCCGCCAAUGCAAACGACACCAUCACGAUGCCCCAUCCGGGUAUAAGUGAGGUGGUCGCCAUCAUGAUCCCAGAGCCAAAAGGACGCGAGGUCGCGUCGCUGCUGGAGCGCAAUGUGACGGUCACCAUGACGAUCACCAUCGGGACGAGGAACCUUCAGAAGUACGUCAGCAGGACGUCGGUGGUGUUCGUCUCCAUCUCCUUCAUCGUGCUGAUGAUCAUCUCCCUCGCCUGGCUCGUCUUCUACUACAUCCAGAGGUUCAGAUACGCCAACGCUCGAGACAGGAACCAGCGUCGUCUCGGCGAUGCGGCGAAGAAGGCCAUCAGCAAGCUGCAGGUUCGCACCAUCAGGAAGGGCGACCAGGAAACGGAGGCCGACUUCGACAACUGCGCCGUCUGCAUCGAGGGGUACAAGGCCAAUGACGUGGUCCGCAUACUGCCCUGCAGACAUUUGUUCCAUAAGAGCUGUGUGGAUCCGUGGCUGCUGGAUCAUCGCACAUGUCCAAUGUGCAAGAUGAACAUCCUGAAAGCCCUGGGCAUCGCUCUGAAUGCCGACUGCCUGGACGACCUGCCGCUGGACUACGACCUGGCACUGGGCGGCGUGGGUGGGGUCGGUGUGGGCGGGGUCGGUGGAGUCGGCGCCCUGGCCCUGGAGGCCGUGGUGUCCGGGGCGUCCAGUGACGGCACGCUGAGCGAGGGCAGCUCCUCGGUGGUGCUGGACCCCGGCGUAAGACGGGUCGGACUCCCGCAGGACUACCAGGACCCCGACACCCUGAGAGAUAGCCCUGUGACGGCCACCACCGACACACACACAGGUGAGUUUCAGCCAAUGGCAAGCAGCGCCUCGGUGGCAUCAUUGGUCAUCGCCAUGGAGACGGGUCUGUCAGAUGAGGAGGGGUCCAUGGAGCAGUCUCAGAUGGGGGACAAAUCCUGAGAGGAGAUCAACAGAACCAAAUCAGAACCCAGGCCAAAACGGACUCGGAUCAGGUUCCGAUUUUUAACACAACUUCAGUGGACCAGAUGGUUCAGAGAACAACCUGACUGAAAUCAAAUCUGGACCAAACCUGCACUAGACUAAGUAUGACCCGAGCUAGGCCUAGGCCCUGGUUCUGGUUUAGACUGGUUCAAAGUGAAAGCUAAACCAAGAACCAGCACCAGCGUUUGAGUGGGUUUUUCUCUCAUUGGACAAAGCUUUGCUAAACCAAACCAACUAGUCUGGACCCUAGGUGGACUCAAGCCUAGCUAGAACCAGGGUCUAGACUUGGAGGAUGAGUUUUGACAUAGUGGAACCAAGUUGAAUAAAUGUGUGCGUGUUGGUUUUGACAAUGUUUAAAACAGACCUAUGUGAUCUGGACUCAAUGGAAACUGGCUUAGUUGGUAUGGCUUCAUUUUCGUCUCCUCCCGGACUUGGCAAGGUUGGACCCCGGACGUAACCUGGACUAAGGUGGCUGCUAUCCAGUUCCUUGGUCUUACUCUCAGCAGAUGUUUUUUCCAAGGCCUACCUGGGACAUAACUCCACCUAUCUGUUGUCUCUCCGUGCAGAUGUCCUAAUCGACCCCCAUUCGCCUCAGUUCAUCAUGUUUGUAGAACUGGACUAUCCGGCUCCUUUCUUUGUCCUACCCAUCGUUGAUUGAUUCCGAUAAGCUUUCACAGUGAUAGAAAAUGAAAUAUAAAUCGAGUCCUUCAUCUCCAGCGUUGUGGAACUUGUCUCGACAUUUGUCUCCCGACUCUCAAAGGGCAGACGGGGUUCAAACUGACGAGCUGAACAAACCCGAGACACGUUUAUGCUCAC